CUCCUCCAACUCUUGUAACUAACUUUCUUGUUAUUUCUCUUUCCAAUUCCAUCAUGUCCAUGCGCCCCUUCCUCCCCAAAUGCCUCUUCUUCAGCUCUUCGCCAGCUCGUGCUCUUCUUCUUCUUCCACUUCAACUCAGCCAAUUCUCGUCUUCGUCGCAUUCGCCUUCGUAUCAUCCGAGACGGUUAGAGGAGGAGUCACGCCACGUGAGGGUGUCGGUGUGGUGGGAUUUCGAGAACUGCCAAGUGCCGAACACCAUCAACGUCUCCAAGAUCGCCACCGUCAUAACGGAAGCCGUUAGAGCCAACGGUAUUAAGGGGCCCGUCCAUAUAACGGCCUUCGGCGAUGUCUUGCAGCUUUCUAGAUCCAACCAGGAGGCACUUUCUUACACCGGCAUUCAUCUCGCCCACGUUCCCAAUGGUGGAAAGAAUAGUGCUGAUAGAUCUCUUCUUAUUGAUCUAAUGUGUUGGGUUUCUCAAAACCCGCCACCUGCGCAUCUCUUUCUGAUUUCUGGGGAUAAAGACUUUGCUGGCAUAUUGCACCGCUUAAGAAUGAAUAACUACAACAUCCUGCUUGCAACUCCAGGAUCAGCUUCUGAUGUGCUAUGCGCUGCAGCAACUAUAAUGUGGCACUGGCCAUCUUUGCUUAAGGGAGAAGAACUUAUUGGAAAGCAUUUCAAUCAUCCUCCAGAUGGCCCUGUUGGUUCUUGGUAUGGAAAUUAUAAGGUGCCUCUUGAAAAUCCCUUCUCAGCUAGUGAGCAGUCUGCAUCUUAUCAAAAAGCAGAAAGCUGUGAAUCUCCCCCAAUUCCUAAGUCAGUUGCAAGGCAGGUUAGGAAAAUAUUAAGUUCGCAUCCAAAAGGGAUGUCCAUUACAGAUUUUCGUGCGGAGUUGGCUAAAAAUAAUGUGCAAUUGGAGAAAUCAUUCUAUGGACAGAAAAAGUUUUCCCGUUUUCUUCUAUCAAUACCACACGUACAGCUCAAGCAUUGUGAAGGUGUUUAUUUUGUGUGUUUGGCUCCCUCAGAGUUUCCCAAACCCCUUGCAAGCAAUGAUGGGCCAUCAAAAACACCUGCUGUUGGGAAUGAAACACCUCAAAAGUUGAAUGGUGAGAGUAAAAAUAUGCCUAGAGAUGCAGAUAGGACGCCUUCAAUGCCCUCAUUGCAUGAAAGGAGUAGUGAGAAGAUUGGGAAUAUGACUGAUGCACGAUUGUCUAAGGUUCAACUGCCACAAAAAGACAAGGAAGUUUCACAAUUUAAGGCAGAUAAUGAGAUUGUAACGCCUGACGAGAUAGGUCUCAAUAAAUCUGGAAAACCUACUUCAUCAGAUGACCACUCUGCUCAGAACACAUUGGUAGAAAACAAUCUUGUUGAUGAUGAAUCUGGAAAAUAUAUAGCUGAGUACAAAAAUGAGGGGCCAACUAGAGGGGAUGCUGAUGAGGUUUGUCAAAGCUCUUAUUCUUUGCCAGUUGAUGACUUCAUGGUUGACAAGAGGCAUGGUGGGAGUGUUGAAACUCAUAGCAAAAGUUCAAUAUUUGGUUGGAUUAGAAGUUGGUUUCCAUUUUGGAAAAGAGAUGCUAAAUCUGAUGAUUUAACCACUAAUAAUACCAGCAUGGAUAGUCACUCUGAGUUUGAGGAGCCCAAGUUAUCUCAACUGGACAUGGCAGUAAGUCAUUCGGAGGAGCCCAAGCUAUGUCAACCAGAGAUGGAUGUAAGUCAUUCGGAGGAGCCCAAGCUAUGUCAACCAGACAUGGCUAUAAGUCAUUCGGAAGAGCCCAAGCUAUCUCAAGUAGACGAGACUAUAAAUCAUUCUGAGGAGUCCAAGCUAUCCGAACAGAACCAGAGUGUUAUUCAUGCCGAAGAGUCGAAAAUAUCAGAUCAGGCGCCCAUGUUAUCUGAGCCAAACCAGAUUGUUAGUCAUUCUGUAGAGACCAAAUUAUGUGAUCGGGACCAGACUGUUUCUCAGUCUGUAGAGGCCAACACAUCAGAAGUGAACCAGAAUGUUGGUCAUUCUGACAAGCCCAAGUUAUUUUUUAGAGAUUCCUUUUGGAAUUACAUGGAAUCUUUUGUUUUUACCACCCAAGGAUCAGUUCUCGUCUCCCUGUCAACAAGCAGGGAGGAUUUGGCACAAAAAUUACAAAAGGGCGGUCCUGCGGUUCUCAAGUCUCUCACUGAAAAGGAUAUUCUUCAACUGAUUGAUUUAUUAAUAGCAGACAAGAAAUGGUUGGAAGUAAGCAGCUCCACAGAAUAUCCAUUUAAGGUGACUCGACCAGUUCAGAAGAACUCAUCAAUGGGCCUUUCUCAUGGUGCGAAUGGCCUUCGAUCUCUCUUUUUAAAUAGAACAUCACAGUCCAACCUGCAGAAAUUACUUGAACAUGAUGCAGAGAAACACAAUCAGAAUACUCCUCAUACUAGUGUUUUGAAACUUGCCACUGAAAAACUAUAUGCUGAGAGGUCUAGAAAUGAUAUAUUAGUAGACUGCCAAAAAGUUGUGGAUGAAAUAUUGAGAAUCCACCCAGAGGGAUACAAUAUUGGUUGUUUCCGAAAACUAUUUUAUGAGAUGUGUGGCUAUCAUAUUAAUUUACAGAAGCUCGGUUAUAAAAAUUUGGCAUCCUUAUUGCAGACAAUGCAGGGAGCUAAAUUAGAGUCCACUAAUAUUUUUCCUUCUGUUCCUGCUGAUGUUUGUUAUUCUGACCGGGAAACUUCAAUCCUCAAAACUCAAGUUACCAGGGCUAGUCAUGCAGUCGCCUACUCAGAUAGUGAAUUGUCUGGUUCAGCUCCAAAGGAUGAUAGCAUGGACUCUCCAUGGGAAGAAUUAGGUCCUAUUUCUGCCAACAAUUCUGACCAGAGUGAUGUGGAAUCAGAAUUAAGUAGGAAUGCCAAAGAACUGGAUACCUCAAAGUAUCCUGAUUAUGAACCUGUUGGCUUAGAUUAUGAUCCUUCUGAGUCUGAAGAAGAUAGUAGCUGUUUAACUCAACCAGAAGAGCAAGGAAAGCCAAGAUGUAAUGAGCAAGACAGUUCUCUUCUCAAAGUUUUGGAUUUCUGGCACUGUAGAAAGGAAGGAGAGAAUAGUGCAAAGAAUUCAGAUGGUGUUGACAUCUUUAAUAAUGAUUCUCUGAAAAGGAUUUUGAAUCCGUCGGGCGAGUCAUCUCAGGGUGCCCUUUCCAAAAUUCCUUCAGGGAACUAUAAAGAGAAGCAUAGUUCUCGAAAGAGCUAUUCAUUUGUAGCUGAUCCACUUUUAUCCCCGAAGGACAAACUGAUUGAUGGGAUGCUUGAUGGCUUCAAGAAAACAGAUGAGUCUAAGAUGCAAAAUUGAGGAGUUAAUGGUGUGAACUAGACCGGAUUCUCAUCACUCAGGAUUACAGUCCCAGACUUUCCUUUUAGCACACAUUGUAGUUUUAGCUGGCCAUGGUACUAAUAGUUCAAUUGAGGAUGAUUCAAGAAGUUGGUGAUUGCAAUAGUUGAUGGUGCAGCUAUGGAAAAUUCUUUUGGUCGGAACAAUUAUAUUAUUAUAUAUGCUAUUAGUUCUUGAGCUUAGCAAUAAGUCACGUAGUUAACCCGGAUGUAGUAAAUAGGUAAAAAGUGAUGAGUCCAUUAUAUGCAGUAUGCUAUUGCUGUUGGAAUAGAUAUCUGAGUUUUGAUUUCUUGCGUGCUGUGUUGGCAUGUGACCAUAUUAUGGUGAUGUCCCAUACUUUUGAAGGGGCAUGAGCCGUACAAUGCGAUGUUAAGUGUUAACCCAUUUUUGUUCCCAAGAACUGUUUACAUUAAUUUGGAAAUUGAGGAUGGCUUGUGUAACGACCCAAUUUUCAAUAUGUUUAGAUCAUACCGGAAACUGAGCGCUACCAAUUUGUCUUCCUAAUUAUUAUCUAUUA